UUUUCACAUAUAAUUGUUAGUUUUUUGGCUAUGAUUGAAGAAUUAAGUGUCAAAAUGAAAUCUGUUCGAUUAUUUUUUGGAUUUUACUUUAUAUUUAUGACUUUUAACCUUAUUCUUUGCAAUGAAAGUGACAUUGAUAGGACAUGGGGAUCAGUUAACGAUAAUUCAAUUAGAAUUAACAGUCCAAAUGCUUUCACGAAAAAUACAGCUGAAGGAACUAUUGCAGCAUUCAAUUAUACAUAUAUAGUACCAAAAAUAAUUCAUGGAAUAAGACUAAGAAGUUUUAAUAACUCGGGAGCAGUUGGUGAUAUUAUUGAAGGAGGAAUCGGAUACAAUUUUACAAUUUUCAAACUUGUUGGGCAUUCAAACUAUAUGUCGUUUGUAAUGGAAGGGUUUGAAAAUAAUACAAAUCCCACCACAACACCAGCAUCAUCUACAUUGGAACCAGACAGAGUUGUAUUGGAAAAAGGCAACACUGAUGAAGAGACUAAAUUAAUUGAAAAACGAUUUCAAAAUUAUCCAUUGCCAGGAGAAACUGCAGAAGUAAACACAACUUUACAAGUUCCUGGAAAUAUUCUUGGAUUAAGAUUGACAAGUUUAAACAACACCAAUGGAUUGUGGGAAGAACUUGGAGGAGGUAUUAAUAAUGAUUACGUAACAUUCAUUUUUAAAGGUUCAGAUGUUGGAGAACCUUAUGACUUUAACCUACAAAUUUUUGGAAAUAGUUCAGUGACACUGAAAAUUUCUGUAUUUAUAGUCAUCCUGUCGAGUGUUUUUAUGUAUUUUAUUUAA